AUCGGCAGUCGCAGGCGUAGCAGCUGCCCAAGCUCUCUUCACAGAUCUGUAGUUGAGUGUGGGUCUCCCCCUUUUCCAGGCUGAGGUUACCCCCACCCCCCCCCCCAUCCCUACCCCUCUUGACCGGGUGUUACGCAGCGGCUGCGGUUAAAAAGGAUGCAUUUCGGGUUUGCAUCUCCGCUUUGCCUGCGGGUAUCCUCCUCUCGAGUUUUUGGACGCCUCUGGGGCUGGACUCUACAGUGGGCUGUGCGCGGGCUGGAGCCGCUGCCACAGCUGCACCGGGGCCUUCCGCAUCCACCCCCUCCCCCAGCCCCGCACCCACUGCAUCCAGCGCGCCGCACCCGGGCUGCCUGCAGCGCAGCGCCGCGGCCGGGGCCGGCGGGGCGGGGGAACCGGGCGGGGCAGGCCGCGACGUCCCCCGGUAGCCAGUCCCCAGCCGCGGAGAAUGAAUGGGCUGGUGGCGCACAGGGCUUGGACCGCGGACUCCGGGGUGCCUUCAGCCACCUUCAGCCCCCCGGCCGACCCAGUUGGGCACCCUCCCCCGUCUGCGGUCUCCUCCUUCCUCCCCGGGGGGCGCGGCGCGGGCCCUCUGGAUUGCCAGAUGCGAGUGUGCGGUUGGCCGGGUGCGUGUGCCAUGGCCCCCUUCUCCCUCGCCAGGCAGAGCUGACAUCACCAGCAGCACUUUCUGCCCUGGCGGGGCUGCUAGAUCGUUCCCGGCAGGGUUCUGGAACGUCUUUGACCCAAGGCCAGAAUGACUUGGGGGUGGGGGGUGGGGGGGAGUCGGUGUCCGGAAGGUAGAUGCACUUGAUAGGCCUCCAGUCAGAGAAUUUUUGGAGGGGGUGAGACUCUUCUCCCUGGUGAGCUGACAGUUUCUCCUACGAGGUGUGGCAGUGGUACAAGACUGACAUGGCUGGGCAUUACAUAAAUCAUCGUGUCUCCAUUUGCCUUGAAAGAGCUUCCAGUAAUGGAUAAGAAGGGGGAAGACCCAUCUAAAAUAUAAAAAGUAGAAAGUUCUUCCUCUCCCAAAUCAAUAUACAAGGCGAGUUUUCACGGAAAAGAAUGGACUCCAGUGCCAUCGGGUUUCUCUUGGAGUUAAUUUUGUAACUGGCUUCAUUAAAAUAAAAAUACAUAUUCUCCUUCAGAUCUUGAGUUCCCCUGGCUGGAGGCACAGGUUCAGGGGUGCAGAGACUAAAUAGUGCAAGUGAAAACUACUUUUGUGGUCAUUUACAUUUAGUGCAUGGAAAUGUUGGCGAUAAGCAGCUUUUCUGUCGUUCUUAAGAUGAGCAGUGUUAAUACUAGGAAAUGAUAAUAGUUGCUCCUGUACAGGAGGAAAGGGCUAUCAUAUCGCCUCAAAAGUGUGUUUUCUGUGUACUUCAUUUCUGCAGUUUCGUAAUAGUCCUAAGAUUCAGUUUUUUUCCUAGCUUCCCAAUCAGAGGAUAAUUUGACCGAAGGCUUUAGCCACUGUAAAUGGUAGGGCUUUUAGCAAAUAACUGCCUAAUUUAAAUGAUUGGAAAGCAUUCAUUUCAUAGAAAUGAAACUGGGUUGGGUAACCCAUUACUGUAUAUGUAUUUUUCCACUUAAUUGUUUCUCAUAAAAUGGGUAUAAAAGCCCGAUAAUCCAACCCAAUACCAUUAUGUAACGCCAGUGUGGAGAUUUUGGAGGGCCCAAAGCUAUGUUCAUGCUCAAGGUGCACUAAAAGCCUGCCCCUGGACAGGAUCCUGGUGCUGGCUGCCUUGUUGGUGGCAUUGGGCUGGGUCUCUUGGAUGGAACCAGGGACUGCAGUGUUUAUGGCGCAGUAGGUGGCGCUCUUCCUUCUCUGCGGGCUGCUGCUGCAGCUGCAGCUGGUGCUGUGGGUACUUUGACCACUAGAGGCGCCAUUUUCCACAUUACGACUGGCUGGAUUGCAGUGCGUUGCCUACUGCAAGCGGCGGGCCGAUGAAGCCAGCAGAUGCCGUCGCCCUUUAUUGUUAAGUGAGCCUGAACAGUUUUCCUUUAUUGUAGUAACUUUCACUAAACGGCAGUGUUCAUGAUUUUGAAACAUUUGUUUUUUGUUUUUUUUUUUUUUCUUUUUAAAAUACUGAUUUGGGGGGAAAAAAAACCCCACAAUUUUAGAGUAUAAUUAGGAAAGCUCAGUUACUAUCGACCACACUUGCCUAGAUUGAAUAUGACCUUUUCUUUCUCC